AUAAAAUGCCUUUAAUAUUAGAGUACAUUUUUCGAAUCUAUCUAAAAUAAUCAACUACUGUAUCUGUUGAAACCCAGAUUUUCAACUAACCAGCAAGUUGGAAUGCCGGAAUCUGGAGGGAAGAAAGAGGAAUACAGUACUCCCCCGGUGGACCUUCCCCCUCUCUCUCACUCCUAGUGAGAGAGAGAGAAACUGUCUCGAACCCAGAAAAACCAUUCACAGAUUCAAAUCAUUCCCUCGAUUUAGCCCACCAGAUUAGCCCACCAGAUUCAACUGAUUGAUUAAUUCACACUCCGAUCGAAAAUGGACAUACUCUUCGCCCAGAUCCAAGCUGACCUCCGCUCCAACGACGCCCUCCGCCAGUCCUCCGCACUCCUCCAGGCCCUCCAGCAAUCCGCCGCGGGCCGUGACAUCUCCGUCCUCGCCAAAUCCGCCGUCGACGAGAUCGUCGCCUCCCCGGCCUCCGCCAUCUCCAAGAAGCUCGCCUUCGACCUCAUCCGAUCCACCCGCCUCACCCCCGACCUCUGGGAGACCGUCUGCGGCGGCAUCCGCUCCGACCUCGACUUCCCCGACCCCGACGUCGCCGCCGCCGCCGUCUCCAUCCUCGCCGCCAUCCCCUCCCACCGACUCGGCAGACUCAUCGGCGACACCAACAAGCAAAUCUCCGGCUGCUUCGACUCCCCCAGCGAAACCCUACGCUUCUCCGUAACCGAAACCCUAGGCUCCAUCCUCGCCAGGGACGAUCUCGUCAUUCUGUGUGAAAGCAACAUGAAUUUACUGGAUAGGGUUUCCGUUUGGUGGACCAGGAUCGGGCAGAACAUGCUGGACCGAUCCGACACCGUGUCGAGGGUCGCGUUUGAAUCGGUCGGGAGAUUGUUCCACGAAUUCGAGUCGAAAAAAAUGAGCCGGUUGGCCGGCGAUAAGUUAGUAGACAGCGAGAAUUCGGUCGCGAUUCGGUCGAAUUGGGUUUCCUCGAUGGUCGAUUUUGUAUGGACGCAUCGGAAUACCUUGAUGGCCAGGUCGUUGAUUUUGCCCGUGGAGAGCUUUAGGGCCACGGUGUACCCGUUGGUCUACGCGGUGAAGGCAGUGGCAUCGGGUUCCGUGGAGGCUAUCCGGAAGCUGUCGAAGACUCGGAACAGCAAGGUGUUGGACUAUGGGGGUAAUAAUGCGGAGAGGUUCGUGGGGGCAUCGGAUGUGGUUUCGCAUCUGGCGCCGUUUCUGGCGUCAUCGUUGGAUCCGGCAUUGAUUUUUGAGGUGGCGAUUAAUAUGUUGUACUUGGCUGAUGUGCCUGGAGGGAAGCCUGAGUGGGCUUCGCAGUCGAUAAUCGCAAUUCUCACGCUUUGGGACAGGCAGGAGUUCUCAUCUGCUCGAGAAAGUAUCGUGAGAUCUGUCGUUACGAAUCUGCAUUUGCUUGAUCUUAGUAUGCAGGUAUCAUUGUUUAAAAGGUUGCUUCUUAUGGUGAGAAACUUGAGAGCAGAAUCAGACCGCAUGCAUGCUCUAGCGUGCAUCUGUCGAACUGCUCUUUGUGUUGACCUUUUCGCUAAGGAAAGCGUCCGAAGAGGUCAAAAACCUCUUGCAGGAACUGAUAUUGCUUCACUUUUCGAGGAUACAAGGAUAAAAGAUGACCUCAACAGUGUAACAAGUAAAACUUUAUUCAGAGAAGAAUUGGUUGCUACAUUGGUAGAAAGCUGCUUCCAGUUAUCCUUACCAUUGCCUGAACAAAAGAGUUCAGGUAUGGAGAGCAGAGUUAUUGGAGCAUUGGCGUAUGGAACUGGUUAUGGAGCAUUAAACUGGACAGAGCCAGCAUUGGAAGUUGUAGAAGUUUGUAGGCCAUGUGUUAAGUGGGAUUGUGAGGGGCGAACGUAUGCCAUUGAUUGUUAUUUGAAGUUGUUGGUUAGGCUUUGCCACAUUUAUGAUACCAGGGGAGGUGUCAAAAGAGUCAAAGAUGGAGCCUCUCAGGAUCAAAUUAUGAAUGAAACCCGAUUACAGAGUUUACAGCGUGAACUUGUGAAAGAUCUACGUGAGGUGAAUACCCCUAGGAUUUGUGCCCGCGUUAUUUGGGCUAUUGCAGAGCACAUUGAUUUAGAAGGUUUGGACCCACUUCUUGCUGAUGACCCUGAGGACCCUCUGAACAUUAUUAUAUCAAAUAUGCAUAAGGUUUUGUUCAACAUAGACGCAUCUGCAUCUUCGACAAAUAGACUUCAGGAUGUUCAGGGAGUUCUUCUUUGUGCUCAGCGGUUGGGAUCCCGUAAUGCUAGGGCAGGACAUUUGCUGACCAAAGAGCUGGAAGAGUUCAGAAACAAUGGCUUAGCUGAUUCUGUCAAUAAGCAUCAGUGCCGUUUAAUAUUGCAGAGAAUUAAAUAUGUUGCAGGUCACCCAGAAACCAAGUGGGCUGGGGUUAGUGAUGCUAGAGGGGAUUACCCGUUUAGCCACCACAAGUUAACUGUUCAAUUUUUUGAAGCAUCCGCGGCUCAGGACCGGAAGUUGGAAGGAUUGGUUCACAAGGCUAUUUUGGAACUUUGGAGACCAGACCCUAGUGAAUUAACUCUUUUGUUGGCUGAAGGAAUUGACUCCAAGUUACUUAAAGUUGCACCGAGUGCAUGUACAUUGACUGGUAGUAGUGAUCCUUGCUAUGUUGAAGCUUAUCAUUUGACUGACUCAAGUGAUGGGAGGGUUACCCUACAUUUGAAGGUUUUGAAUUUGACUGAAAUUGAACUCAAAAGGGUGGAUAUUCGGGUGGGCCUAUCUGGUUCAUUAUACUUCAUGAAUGGAUCCCCUCAAGCUGUGCGACAGUUGCAUGAUCUUAAUUCACAGGAUCCAGUAUUUUGUAGUGUGACUGUCGGUGUCUCCCAAUUUGAGAGGUGUGCCCUUUGGGUUCAAGUCUUGUACUACCCCUUCCAUGGAGCUGGUGAUUACGAAGGGGACUACACUGAAGAAGAUCCACAGAUCAUGAGACAAAAAAGAAGCAUGAGACCAGAAAUAGGAGAACCUGUGAUUUUGAGAUGCCAGCCUUACAAACUUCCACUGACUGAGCUUCUUCUACCACAUAAAAUCUCACCCGUUGAAUAUUUCCGCCUAUGGCCUAGUUUACCUGCUAUAGUGGAGUACACUGGUACAUACACAUAUGAAGGAAGUGGGUUCAUGGCUACUGCUGCUCAGCAAUAUGGGUCUUCUCCUUUUCUAAGUGGACUGAAGUCUUUAUCUUCCAAGCCUUUCCAUAGGGUUUGCUCGCACAUUAUCCGAACAGUUGCUGGAUUUCAGCUUUGCUUUGCUGCAAAGACAUGGUAUGGAGGGUUUGUGGGCAUGAUGGUUUUCGGUGCUAGUGAGGUGAGCAGAAACGUGGACUUGGGGGAUGAGACGACUACAAUGAUAUGCAAAUUUGUUGUUCGUGCUUCUGACGCCUCGAUCACAAAGGAAAUCGGAUCCGAUCUGCAAUCUUGGUUAGAUGAUCUCACAGACGGGGGUGUGGAGUACAUGCCGGAAGAUGAAGUUAAAGUUGCUGCUGCUGAGAGGCUACGAACAUCAAUGGAACGGAUAGCCAUUCUAAAGGCAGCCCAACCGCCUCCCAAGACUCCAAAAUCAGAUGAUGAAAAAGAAGAAGAGGAUGAAGAGGAUAAGAAGGAGAGUGAAAAGGAAAAUGGUGGGGAAGAAGUUAAGAAGCCCAAGGGGCCUUCAACACUAUCGAAAUUAACAGCUGAGGAGGUGGAGCAUCGCGCUCUUCAGUCGGCUGUACUGCAGGAAUGGCAUGUGCUUUGUAAAGAUAGAAGCUCCAAAGUUGCUUGAGCUUUUUUUUUUCGGCUUUAGGAAAAGGUUUGCAUGUAUUCUUUGUACUCUCAAAUUUUGGUUUUGUGUUGUGAUUCGAUUAGCUAGAUUGGAAAAUCUGAUUAUAGAGUCCUCUUUUGUUUCCCUUUUUUCUGUUUAAAUCAUUUUUUAUCCUCCCUGUAGUGAUGUGAAAAUUUUCUUCUCUUUGCGACUCUUGGACAUCUACCGGUUGGUUGACACGUGUGUACAAGUUCGUGAAAUUUGAAAACAAGUUUGUGCUCA